AUGAGAAUUGACCAUGGUAACCCGAUUUCAGAUUCGAAAGUAGAUCCUUUGCAUGAGAAAGACAAGGAUAAAAUCCCAACCGACGGAGAAAAAACCAUGCUUUCCCCCUUGCUUUCUUUAUUAGGAGUUGGAUUUUACUAUCUGAAAUUUCAAUUACACUCUGUAAUUCCUGGUAAAGCCUACCGGUUUGAUUCUGACUUUCAAGGUAACUCCCGUUUGAAACACUCAAAUGUAAAGCUUUCUAGAGCAUUAAGCUUCAAAGUUGAAGCAUGUAGACAUAUAGACCAACAAUGCAAGUUGGUGAUUAGCUUACCACCAAAAGAGACCAAUAGAAAUGAUUGUCUAACAGAAAAGAAACCAAUAAAAAUUCAAUUGCCGUUUCUGCUUAGCCGAAGGGCAUUGAACCAGCUUGAGAGUGAGAGAUUACCUUUUGAUUUACCAGAAGCCGAGGAAGAAUUAGUAGCAGGGUAUCAAACCGAAUAUUCAGUUCUUUACUUGGGGGUUGGAAUAUUUUCACACCUUAACGUAUUCGUCCCUGAGCUAUUUGAAAUAAAUAAAAUGAAUGGAAUCUUUGGAACGACAAUUGGUAUCUUUAUUACAUUAACUAAAACUUAUUUGUUUUUGUUUAUUUCUAUCGCAACAAGAUGGACUUUACCUAGGCUAAGAAUGGACCAAUUAUUAAAUCUUGGAUGGAAAUUUCUUUUACCCAUUUCGGUAAUCUAUUAUUAA